AUGUCAGCAAAGAGUUCAUUCUCUCUCCCCGUUAAGAAAAAGUCUUCAACCUCUGCCUCCUCUUCUGUAUCAAGUAAAGCCAAAAAACCAGUUAUUGCCUCCUCUUCAUCAGCAGUUCAAAGAACACCUCCCCCAACCAUUAAUCUCCCUUCCGAGGACUCUUGCAAAGUUGAUGAAGUUGAACAGAGAUUUGAUCCCAGGUUCAAGUCACUUGCUUCCGAUAAUGUAAUUUUAAUAUUGGAUUUUAUGGGAGGUGAAGUUACACAAGAUUUGAGCUCCAUUUCUCUUCUCAUUAAGAAUUGUUAUGGUAGAUUCGGAACUGAUUCCUCUAUUAAGUUUCUGUAUCGAUAUGGGAGUUAUUAUACUAACGAGAUUAAUUUGGAGGGAAUGAUGUUUAUUUUCAAUGAACAAUUUAGACAGUGCAAGAGAUCGAACAUGGAAACAAGAAUUUUGAAUGCCCUAUGUCGCUGUUCAGGCGAAGAAAACGUUUCAGAUGCCAAUACAAUUAUUCAACAAUUGGAUAACUUCUCAAAGGAGAAUAGGCAAUUGUGUCUAUCAUUCCAACAAUUGAAUUUUUAUGGAAUGGAAACAUUUUGGGAAGUGAUUGAAAAGUGUUUUGAGGUAUUUCCAAAUUUUGAAAAGUUGAAAAUUGGUUUUUAUCCUGAUCCUCCAACAAAGGUGCCUCGACGAAACUUUAAAAGAAAGUAUCAUAUCGACCUAGUAAGCUUCCCUAAGGCUCUAGAAAAAUCAAAUAUGAAAUGCAAAAAAUUGGUCUGCCAUAGAAAUGUGAUGAAGGGAGAUUUAGCGUUCAAGUUACCACUUUUAGAGAAGUACAAAGUAAUUGGAACAGAUCACCUCAAACAAAUAGAUCAUUUAGAAGAAUUGAAGAAUCUCAAACAUCUUUGCUUAGUGUAUCAUGAUGCAAGAACAUAUGGCAUGGAAUUUAAAGCUAAUGAUCCUCAAUUUUUCAUAUCUUUAUCCAAGUGCACAAACUUGACAAGGCUCAAAAUUAAUGGUUUGUACAUGUUUGGAGAGGAGUUUAUUCACAUCAAUAAUUCUCUUCCUAAUCUCACCUACUUGAAUUUGAAAAAAUGUUUUUGUCAAAAUACUGAUGGAAUUUUCAAUGCCAUUGGAACUUUCAAAAAGUUGAAAACUCUUAUUUUAGGUUCUCAUGAACAAAAUUGCGUUGCGAAAUUAGGUAAUUUGAAGCAAUUAGAAUACUUAGAAGCAUCAGACUUGAGUGCAAAGGAUGUGAACACAAUCUCUCAACUCGUAAAUUUGAAAUCCCUUAUUGCAGAAGCACUUUACAUUACCGAUGAAGAAGGGAAAGAUUUAGAAAAAUUGAAAAAUCUUGAACAGUUCAAAUUUUCUACUGCAGGCGAUAUGUAUUUUGGUAUGAAAUUGAUUACAUUUUUAUUCGACAAUUUAAAUGUGAAAAAAUAUGAAAUUAAUACCUACAGAAAUUCUCUAGAUAAUAUUCCAAAAGAUAUUCAGCAAAGAAUGAAUGCCUACAACAAUGAAUUGGCAGACGACAUUAUCGACAUUUUGUCUGACAGAAGAGGAGGAAGAAGAUUUGCAGCACCAGCCUACACUCCACCUCCAAGACAUUAUGCUCCUCCACAACCUGUCUUUAGAGCAGCACCAGUUUACACUCCUCCUCCACAACCUGUGUAUCAUAGACCUGCUGUUGUACAUCAUCCAAGACCUGUUUAUAGAGCUCCUCCACAACCUGUGUAUCAACCACAACCAGCAAUUGCUCAACCACAACCAGUGAGAAGAGGAAAGAGAGGAAGAUUUAUUCCACCACAACCAGUUAGUCAACCAGCUGCUGUUCCACAACCAAUAGUUGCCCAAUUCCAACAACCAAGAGGAAGAAAGGGAGGUAGAGGUAAAAGAAAUAAUUUCCAAGCUCAAGCUCCACAACCAACAGUUGGUCAACCAAUAGCUCAAUUCCAACAACCAGCUGGAAGAAGAGGUAAAAAGGGUAAGAAGGGUGGUUUCAUUGGUGGUCAACCAUCAAUUGGUCAACCUACUCCAUCAAGAGGUAAAGGAAAAGGAAAGGGAAAGAAGGGAAAGAAGGGAAAUAAAGGAAAUGUAGCUCCAGAAGAUGGUUCCUCUCAAACCAGUGGAAGAAAAGGUAAGAAAGGAAAAGGUGGUAAGAAGGGUGGAUUAUUCAGUAAAAUCACUAAGGGACUCAUGGGUGGCGGUGGUGCUGGUGGUAAGAAAGGAAAGGGUGGUAAGAAGAAUAAGAAACAAGAACAACAAGAACAGCAAGAACAAGAACAACAAGAGCAAGAAGUUGCUGCUGCUGAACAACAAAUUGUCGAACAACAAAAAGCUGCUGAACAAGAUAUCUCUGAACAACAAGCUCAAGUUGAGAAACAAGUUGGAGAACAAAAGCAAGAAAUUGAAUCACAAAUUGCUCAACAACAACAACAAGCUGAACAACAUAUUGCCAAAUUGAGAGAAGAAUUGGAAGCUAGUAUUCAAUCUGCUAAUCAACAAAUUGAACAACAAGUAUCUCAACAACAUGAAGAUUAUAAGGUACAAUUUAAGGCAGCUCAAGAACAACUUACACCACAAAUUGAACAACUUACUGAACAACAAACUCAAAUUGAAACUCAAAUGACUGAAUUGGCUAAAGUAGCUCAAGAACAAGAACAAGCAAAGGAAAGAUUGAUUGAAAAGGAAAAGAAAUUGAAUCAAGAAUAUCAACAAUUAAUGGCAACUGAACAACAAUUGGUUGCUCUUGCUAUUGUCGAAAAAGCUCCAUUGCAAACUACUCAACAACAAGCUCCUCAAUUAGCUGAAACUCAACCUGCCACAAAUCAAGAAAAUCAACAAGAACUUGCUGAUUUGAUCUAUGAUGUAUUGUCAGAUGUCUAUUCCACAAAGAAAGGUAAAGGUGGCUUCCAACGUUUCAAAGCUGCCCCAACCAGACAAUUUGCUGGACAACCAUCAGCUCAACCUAGAGGUGGUAAGAAAGGAAAGGGUGGUAAAAAGGGUGGAUUCCUUAGUAAAAUCACUAAGGGAUUCAAGGGAAUCAUGGGAGGUGGUAAAAAGGGAGGAAAACAAGCUCCACCAUCAACCUAUUCCUCAAAUGGUGAGAUUGCUGCCCAACAACAACAAGCUGAACAACAAAUUGCCGAACAAAAGCAACAAGCAGAACAACAAUUGACUCAACAACAACAAGAAAUUGAACAAAAAUUGACUCAACAACAGCAACAAGCUGAAGAAUUGAUUGCCAAGCAACAACAAGAAGCUGAAGAUUUGAUUGCCAAGCAACAAGCUCAAUUACAAGAUCAAAUUCAAGCUGCUCAAAAGCAAAUUGACGAUCAAGCUGCUAAAAUGACUGCUGAUUUACAAGCUGAAACUCAAGCUACUCAAGAAAAGAUUGCCAAGCAAAAGGAACAACUCGAUCAACAACAAGCUCAAUUGCAACAAGUUGCUGACAAGCAAGCUACCACCCAACAAGAAAUCGAUGCUAAGGAAAAGGAACUUGCUGAACUCGAACAAAAAUUGGCUACCUUGAGACAAGCUAUUCAAAAGAUUACCAAUGCCAAGAAGCAAUAAAUCAAAGCUUGCAGUGC